UUCCUCUCCCCAACCCUCACAUGGCUUCCACAGCCACGGCCCCAGCCCCAGCCUCAGCCUCAGCCUCAGCCUCAGCCCAUCGCUCCUCUCUCUCCCCUCCAAGCCCACCGCCACCGCCACCGUGCUCUCUCUCCACCACUGCGUCCCCCUCCCCAAAACCCUCUCUAAAACCCUCUUCCCUCUCAAACCCUCCCUCUCUCCCCCCCACCCCCAAGCUACCCUCCUCCGCCGCCUCCUCAAAAAGCCCCCUUUCCGACUUCUUCGCCUCCGUCGACCAGCCCCACCACGCCGUCCUCGACGAGUCCGACGACAAGCCCCGCGAGGAGUGCGGCGUCGUGGGCAUCUACGGCGACCCGGAGGCCUCGCGGCUCUGCUACUUGGCCCUCCACGCGCUCCAGCACCGCGGCCAGGAGGGCGCCGGCAUCGUGGCCGUCCAUGACAACGUCCUCCAGUCCAUAACGGGCGUCGGGCUCGUGUCCGAGGUGUUCAACCAGUCGAAGCUCGACCAGCUUCCAGGGAGCUCCGCGAUCGGGCACGUGCGGUACUCGACCGCCGGCUCCUCCAUGCUCAAGAACGUCCAGCCCUUCGUCGCCGGGUACCGGUUCGGGUCCGUCGGGGUCGCCCACAAUGGCAAUCUGGUGAAUUACCAGGCCCUGCGUGCACAGCUCGAGGAGAGCGGGUCGAUUUUCAAUACCAGCUCGGACACGGAGGUGGUGCUCCACCUGAUAGCAAUCUCGAAGGCGAGGCCCUUUUUCGUGCGCAUCAUCGAGGCCUGCGAGAAGCUCAGAGGUGCGUAUUCUAUGGUGUUCUUGACUGAGGAUAAGGUCGUCGCUGUUAGGGACCCACAUGGGUUUAGGCCAUUGGUGAUGGGUAGGAGGAGCAAUGGUGCUUAUGUUUUCGCCUCCGAGACUUGUGCUCUUGAUCUGAUUGAGGCCACUUAUGUGAGGGAAGUGAACCCUGGAGAGGUUGUGGUGAUUGAUAAGGAUGGGGAGCAUAAUCUCUGCUUGAUGGCGCACCCUGAGCCAAAGCAGUGCAUCUUCGAGCAUAUCUACUUUUCGCUGCCGAAUUCGAUUGUGUUUGGUAAGUCUGUCUAUGAAUCGAGGUCUAAGUACGGGGAGAUUCUGGCCACUGAGUAUCCGGCCGAGUGCGACGUCGUGAUCGCGGUGCCGGACUCGGGUGUGGUGGCCGCUCUUGGUUACGCUGCGAAAAUUGGCGUCCCGUUCCAACAGGGGUUGAUUAGGUCUCACUAUGUGGGAAGGACUUUCAUUGAGCCUAACCAGAGCAUUAGGGAUUUCGGGGUGAAGCUUAAGCUGGCCCCGGUCCGGGGGGUGUUGGAGGGUAAGAGAGUUGUGGUCGUGGACGACUCGAUCGUGAGGGGAACCACGUCAUCGAAGAUUGUGCGGUUGAUUAGAGAGGCGGGGGCCAAGGAGGUCCACAUGAGGAUUGCGAGUCCACCCAUAAUUGCUUCCUGUUACUAUGGAGUGGACACGCCGAGCCCGGAGGAGUUGAUUUCCAACAGGAUGACUGUGGAGGAGAUACGGGAGUUCAUCGGGUCGGAUUCACUCGCAUUCCUGUCUUUCGAUAGCUUGAAGAAGUAUCUGAGCAGUGACGCGCAAAACUUCUGCUAUGCUUGCUUCUCGGGGAAUUACCCUGUCAAGCCCACUGAGGUCAAGGUGAAGAGGGUCGGGGAUUUUCUGGAUGAUGGCCUGAAUGGAAGCAUAGAGUCCAUUGAUGGGGGUUGGGUUAAAGCUCGGAGCGAGAAAGAAGAGAAGGUUGAGCACCCAGUUUAGUUGCCACUCCGUCGUCUUCUCCGGUGCUGUCACAACGACAAAGCUUUGUGUGAUUCACGGAUUUGGGGUAAGGGGUAUACGAAUGAUUCAAUUGCUUUUGCAAUGGGCCUGCCUUGGCGAAACUUUGGCUUCCAAAAAUCCAAAAGCCUUGAUAUAUCGGUCCGUCUGCAGUUUUGAGAAUAUAAAAAAUGUGUAGGAUUUCUUGUUUCCGUGUUCUUGAGGGUGGGAUAAGAAGAUUAAAGUUUUGUUCUGAUGAUUAUUUUUUUUAACCUCGAGUAUUGCAUUGUAUACCAGCUUUGCUUAACUGCUGCAUAUUUACUUGAUGAAAGAAAUAGAUGAAGAAUUAGGCGGAGUUCUCUUCCCUUCUUUUA